AGAUUAUUCAUCAAAUGAUACCUGCACAUGAGGGAUUAUCAUGGAGAGAGAUGGACUGUAAUCUAACACUAUCUUCCUUUGAUUAUCAGAAGGGAUGUGAAGAAGGAAGGGAUGGGAGCUCAAGUAUAGAGUUUGAUGCUUUUGAUGAGAUCCCUAUAAGCCAAAUUGAUUCUAAUAUUGCUAGUAAAAGCCUACUUGAAGAUAAUGAGAUAAAUCUAGAGCUCACAAUCUCAUCAAAAUCAUAUAAUUAUAGAAUUUAAACUAAGCAUGUAUUAAUUACAAAGAUUAAUGCUAUAUAAUCCCACUCAUAGUCCAAAAAAAAAAUUUC